AUGCAGGCCGUGCUGCGGCUCGGCACCACCCACAUCUCGCUGGAGCCCGGCAAGGGGCUGGCCCGCCUAGCGUCCAUUGUGACGGUCUGCCUGCCUUCAACACCGGCCGCAGCAGCAUCACUAGCAAAGGGGGAUCUCACUUGGGUCGAGCUGCAGGCGCGCAUGCACAGCACCUUAGGCCUGUCCAUCCCGGACUCGACCUCCCCGAGGCGCACACCGGCCAUCAUGGCGGCCACAAUCCACGACGCUGCUUCCGCGUCGCUCAUCGACACGGACGCGGAGACGGCGUCGCCUACGCUGUCCUGCGACCUCACUUCCCCUGCUCAGGGUGACUGGGCCUCACCGCGUCCCGAAUCAACCCCUUCGCAUCCAAAGGCCACGCCGAUGUCUACUGCGCCUAGUCCCCGCUCCUUCUGGGACUCCUACCGUGCCCUGCGGGCGGUUAAUGCCCUCCCGGCGGGGGCGCUGAUAGUAUACGUCUUAAGAGAGGGCGAGGGGUGCGUGUCUUCUGGCACGGUGGGUAACCUCGACGUCAAGGACGGCCAGGGACCGGACGAAGAAGAGGGGUAUGUUGCAAGCAAGUAG